AUUUCUGUCGUCAACCCAGGGAGCAAUGGGACAGUCUAUAAGGAUGCAUUGCCGGAAGUCAGCGACUGUGCCAUUGCGAGCCUGAUUGUGCCACUUUGCAUAAAGGACGUCCCUGCAAAGAAUCAAAUCUUUUACAAGCAAUGGCAGCGUCCAGGAAGCAGGUGCGAAUCCUCUGCUUCAGGCACGACACCUGCCAUCCCACAACCGACAUCUUGUGCCUGGACGUUCCCCCCACCUGUCCCCUGUGUAGCAGACCCAUCCAAACCCUCCUGGACCCACCGUUCGCCAUCCCUUAUCCUUUUGUAGAUGGGCACUCUCGUCCCUUCAGCAUGGUGGUGAAACCAACACGUGGAUCGUUCCUGUCAGACUACCGCAGAUCCGACGACUUACAUGUUGGGGUUACGAACUCAGAAAAAGUGGUGUUUAACUUUGAUGAAACAGGCGUUCACAGAGAUACAACAGGCUGGGAAGAAUGCAUCACAGUCCGACUUCUUCAAGACAAGGACUUUGAGCUUCGAGAAUGCUGGGAUAAACGUUUGAACAAUUAUGGGUUGUGCUGGAGGCCUGAGUCAUAUGAUGAAAAAGACAACAACUGUUUUGACUUUGUGCUUGGGUUCCUGAGAUACGUAGGAUAUGACUAUGUUAACACAGAAGCGUUAAGAAGUAGACCAGAGUUCUGUAAGACAAUGGUCCUUCCCCAAGGUGUUAAAGCUGGGAGGUACAUUGAUCUUUUCAGAAGAUUAGAGCGGGAGGGUUUUGUUGUUGAUAAAACAUUGUGAAACAAGAACUUGGCUGCCAUAUUUUUGGCUAAAUUGGACAGUAUUCCAUUAUCUAUUCACAUUGGUAGUUUAAACAAUUUUGUAGUACAGUUGUGAAAUGCAAGGGAGACAUUUUGUUGUGAAUGUAUGCUGGAGACAAAAUCAAGGAAA